AGAUUCACAUGGCCUCCUACUUUUUCAAGUGUGAAGCUGCCAGAUUUUCGCUCUAAUAAAUAUACAAAAAUAUAUAUUUUUUCCUUCUCUGCAAAUUGAAGGGACGCACGAUUUUAGUGGCAAUCUAACAGGGACACUACUCUCUCUUUCUCUCCAGAUCCCAGAAAUCAAAAACCUUUCUUUGUUUUCAAAAAUUGUUCAUCUUUCUGUUUAUUCCCGGAGAAAAAGAAAAUUCACAUUCAAAGCUUCUCUCUUGAUCUGCCUUUCCUGGGUUUGGUUUGAUUUAGAGUGAAAGAUGUUUAAAUCUUCACCUCGAAGAGGACAGAGAUCAAAAGGCUUCAAGGUGAAGCAUUGUAUACAAUUGACUCUGUUACUUGGUGUUGGGAUAUGGUUGCUUUAUCAAGUGAAGCAUUCUCAUGAGAAGAAAUCUCAGUUUGAGGAAUCUGCAAAAAAGAUUGUUGGAGAGAAAGUGAUGAGACUCGGGAGGAAAGAUAUUAAUCCACGCUUGGAGGAAGAAGAAGCUGAGGAUGAAGGAAAGAGGAAUGUGGAGAGUUUUGAUCCUGUUAUUGAUAAGGUUGAUCAGGAGAAUGAGACAAGGAAUGAUGAGAUUCUAGAGGGAGGUGAAGAGAACAAGGAGAAGGAAAACGAAGAUCCAAACAUUGAGGAGAAGAAAGACGAUGGUGGUAGUACGGAAGAGAGCGAGGUUGAAGAGAAGAAAGAAGAUGGAGGUAGCACGGAAGAGAGUGAGAGUGAGGUUGAGGAGAAGAAAGACAAUGGCGUUGCAGAGGAGAACGAGGAGAGUAAAGAGAAGAGUGUGGUGGAAGAGAGAGAGGUUGAAGAGAAGAAAGAAAAUGGCAGUAGCGAAGAGAGCGAGGAGAGUAAAGAGAAGAGUGGUACAGAGGAGAAGACGAAUAGUAGUGAAGAAGCAAGAGAGAACAAUUACAAAGGAGAUGAUGCUUCUAGUGAGGUAGUCCAUGAGACCGAAGAGGGAGAUUCUGUUAUCAAGAGUGUUUUGUCGACGAACACGACUGAUAAUGGGGAAAGCAGCAGUGACGAGAACUCUGGUUCUGAUUCAUCGAGUGAAAUAAAAUCUGAGGGUGAAUCUAUGGAGAAGAAUGAGAUGGUGGAGAAGGAGGGGUUUAAUGAUUCUAAUGGUGACUUGCCUGAAUCGAACAAGUCAUCAUCUAAUGCAACAGAGACUACUGGGAAGGAUGAGUCAGAGUCUAGUCAAAAGACAGAUAGCAUAGAGGAGAAAGAAGAGUCUUCUUCGCAAGAGAAAAGCGAAGACAAAGGAACCGAGAAAGUUGAGAAAGAAGAGGCUUCGUCACAAGAGGAAAGUAAAGACAAAGAAUCUGAGGAAAAGGAGAAAGAAGAGUCUUCUUCUCAAGAGGAAACUAAAGACAAAGAAUCUGAGGAAAAGGAGAAAGAAGAGUCUUCUUCCCAAGAGGAAAAUAAAGAGAAAGAAACUGAGACAAAGGAUAAAGAAGAAUCUUCUUCCCAAGAGGAAAAUAAAGAGAAAGAAACUGAGACAAAGGAUAAAGAAGAAUCUUCUUCCCAAGAGGAAAGAAAAGAGAAAGAAACUGAGAAAAUUGAGAAAGAAGAGUCUUCGUCCAAAGAGGAAAAGGAAGUCAAGGAAACAGAAAAACUUGAGAAAGAAGAAGAGUCUUCGUCCCAAGAGAAGAACGAAGACAAAGACACCGAGAAAAUUGAGAAAGAAGGAGAGUCUUCGUCCCAAGAGGAAAGUAAAGACAAAGAAACCGAGACAAAGGAGAAAGAAGAGUCUUCAUCGCAAGAGGAAACUAAAGACAAGGGAACCGAGACAAAGGAGAAAGAAGAGUCUUUGUCCCAGGAGGAAAGUAAACACAAAGAAACCGAGACAAAGGAGAAAGAAGAGUCUUCGUCGCAAGAGGAAAGUAGAGACAAAGAAACCGAGACAAAGGAGAAAGAAGAGUCUUCGUCCAACGAUUCACAGGGAAAUGAAAGUGAGAAGAAGGAACAGGUUGAACAAAACGAGAAGAAGACUGACGAUGACACAAAUGGAUCUACCAAAGAAAAUGACGUUACUGAUAUUGAACAAAAGCAAUCAGAGGAUACUUCAGAAACUUCACAAACAGAGACAGAGAAAGAGGAAAGCAGCAAGAAUGGUGAGACAGAGGUGACUCAGAACGAUCAAGAGCAUUCUGAAUCUUCUUCGGACAAUAAUCUUCCUCAAGACGUAAAAGAUGUUCGCACUGAUCUUGAAACUUUGCCGGAUUCUGGUAAUGGAGGAAACAAUGAGAGCGUUUCAGCAGAGUAAAAAAAAAAACUCCUCUGGUUGAUCAAAUUGUCUCGUUGAUGUUGUUUUAGUAGAGAGUUUACGAAAAUUGAAUUUUGUGUCAUGUAAUUUGUUGUAAUCUUUCUUUUA